AUGGUGCGUGACGCCCACGGCCGCAAGAUGUCCAAGAGCCUGGGCAACGUGAUCGACCCUCUCCACGUCAUAGAGGGCAUCACCCUGGAAGGCCUGCACCAGACGCUCGCAGAGGGAAACCUGGACCCGAAGGAGGUGAUCAAGGCCAAGGCCGGCCAGAAGGCCGACUUCCCCGACGGCAUAGAGGAGUGCGGCACAGACGCGCUGCGCUUCGCGCUCGCGCGCGACAUCAACCUGGACAUCAAGCGCGUCGUUUCUUACCGCCACUGGUGCAACAAGCUCUGGAACGCGCUGCGCUUCGCGCUGCUGUACCUGCCGGAGGGCUUCGCGCCGCAGCCCGCGGCGCAGCUGGACGUCUCUGCACUGCCCGCCGCCAGCCGCUGGGUGCUGAGCCGGCUCAACGGCACGGUCAAGGGCGUGGUGGCGGCCAUGGAGGCGUACCAGUUCGCGGACGCAACGCAGAGGCUCUACGCAUGGUGGCAGUACGACCUGUGUGACGUGUUCAUCGAGCUCAUGAAGCCCGUCAUGGCCGCAGACCCCGAGGGCAAGGAUCCGGCGGCGGCGGCGGCCAAGGAGGGGACGUGCCAGGCGCUGGCUGUGGCGCUGGACAGCGGGCUGCGGCUGCUGCACCCCUUCAUGCCGUUUGUGACGGAGGAGCUGUGGCAGCGGCUGCCGCGGCCGGGGGAGCAGCCGCCCAGCAUCAUGGUGGCGGAGUACCCUCAGCCGCGUGAGGGCUGGGACGACCCCGAGCUGGAGAGGGCGUUCGCAGACAUGCAGGUGCUGAUGGCGCGCAAGCGCACGCGGAGCUCGGCCCGCGCGGCGCUGGGCCCGUGCAGCCACGCCCCGGCGGACGCGCGCCUGCCGCCGCGCGCCGGGGGCUGA